ACAGUGUGUCUGCUAGUGUCAAAAUCAAAACAUUGCUUCUUUGAAUAUUUAUUACACAUUAAUAAAUGUUUUACUGUUUUAUUUAUUAUUAUUUACGUUACAUAAACAUAAUGUUAUAAAUUGACACAAGUGUAAAUAAAAAUGAGUCAAUUUAUUACAGUUCAAGUUGGACAAUGUGGAAAUCAAAUAGGUUCUGCGUUUUGGCCCUUAGUAUUGCACGAGUAUGGAAUUCAAACAACAAAUAAUGAAAUUAAUUGUCUCAAGAUCCAAAAAAAUUACAAUAAAAAUGUAAAUGAUCUUUGCGAUGCAUUUAACAGCUUCUUUUAUGUACCAAAGAAUAAUAGUGAUUUAGCCUUUAAAAAUGUUUCUGAAUUAAUUUCAGCAAAAGUUAAAGCAAGGGCAGUUUUGAUUGAUAUGGAAGAUAGUGUUGUUUCCCGAUUUAAGCAAGGUCCAUUGAGAAAUUUAUUCGAUCAAACUUGUACGAUUACAAAUUAUCCUGGCUCAGCAAACAAUUGGGCGGUUGGUUAUCACACACAUGGUACAAACUAUCAUGAUCAAAUUUGUGAAACAAUUAGAAAAACUGUUGAAAAAUGCGAUUGUUUACAUGGAUUUUUAAUUACUCACUCACUCGGUGGUGGAACAGGUUCAGGAUUAGGAACUGCGACUUUAAAAACAUUAGCCGACAAUUAUUCUCACGUUGAUAGAUUUGUGUCAUGUGUAUAUCCAGCUGGGACUGAAGAUGUAAUAACAUCUCCUUACAAUGUUCUCUUGGCAACAAAACAACUAACCGAUUUUGGAACUUGCGUUUUCCCAGCAGAGAAUAAAGCUCUUCAAGAUAUUUGCUAUGCCCACAUGAAGAAAAAGGAAAAUUCUGAUCAAGCCAAAUAUAACGCGUCAUGUAGACCGUUUCAAGAUAUGAACAGCAUCAUCGUUAAUAUGCUUCUUCAUUUAACAAGUGGUUCGCGAUUUUCUGGAAGUCUGAAUACAGAUAUGAAUGAACUUGCAACAAAUCUUGUUCCUUAUCCUAAUUUGCAUUACAUAUUCAGUAGUGUAAGUCCCGCGACUCUGACAGCGUCAUCAAUGUCCAUGUCUCAAAAAACUAAAAUUCUAGACGAAUUGUUUACAACUGCGUGGUCCAGAAACAAUCAACUAAUCAAAGCGGAUCCUUUUCAAAUUGAUUCUGUGAUUCUUGGUGCAGCACACAUUGUACGAGGUGAUACUUCACUCACUGAUAUAAGAAAAAAUAUUUCAAGAUUUCAGAACAAGGUGAAUUUCACAGAGUGGAGCAAAGAAGUAAUGAAAGUCGGUUUAUGUUCAGUUCCUCCUGCAGGACAUCCUAUAUCACUUCUUAGUCUUGUCAAUUCCACAUCAAUGUCUUCAAUGCUACUCGAAGUCAUUCGGCAAUUCGAUAAACUCUACAAAAAGAAGGCUCACGUUCAUCAUUACCUGCAAGUCGAUAAUUUCGAAGAAGAUCACUUUCGAGAGUGCCGAAACAGUGCCAUUAAUGUAUAUGAAGGAUACAUGGAACUUCAAAACCAAAAACCUAUAAAUGAGCCAAGACUGCGGCUAUUUUAGAUUUCUAUUUUUAAAAAAUCAAUUACAACCAAAUCUUAGCUAUAAGCUUACUUUUAUUUAAAUUUUUUGUCGCCAUGCUUGUACAUUUUUAAAUUUAAUGAAAAACAACAUUUUUUAUACUA